AUGUCUGCCGCGGAGCUCUAUACUAAGGUGAGCGGGGUGAGGGGCGCGGAGAGGGGGGUGUGUGUGGUUACCUACUCUAGAGUUUGGAUUCCUGACCCUGAUGAAGUUUGGAGAUCAGCAGAAAUUACCAAGGAUUAUAAAGAAGGAGAUAAAAGCCUUCAUCUGAAACUUGAAGAUGAAACUCUCUAUGAGUAUCCCCUCGACCUCCAAGGCCACGAGCUGCCUUUCCUGCGCAAUCCAGAUAUCCUGGUGGGGGAGAAUGACCUGACAGCCCUGAGCUAUCUGCACGAGCCUGCAGUCCUCCACAACCUCAAAGUCAGGUUCCUCGAGUCCAACCACAUCUACACAUACUGUGGUAUUGUGCUUGUUGCCAUCAAUCCAUAUGAGCAGCUGCCCAUCUAUGAACAAGAUGUCAUCUAUGCCUACAGUGGCCAAAAUGUGGGGGAUAUGGAUCCCCACAUCUUUGCUGUGGCAGAAGAAGCCUACAAGCAGAUGGCCAGGGAUGAGAGGAACCAGUCCAUCAUCGUGAGCGGGGAGUCUGGCGCGGGGAAGACCGUCUCGGCCAAGUACGCCAUGCGCUUCUUCGCCACCGUCGGCGGCUCUGCCAGCGAGACCAACAUCGAGGCCAAAGUCCUGGCAUCCAGCCCCAUCAUGGAGGCAAUUGGAAAUGCUAAAACAACGAGGAACGACAACAGCAGUCGCUUUGGGAAGUACAUUGAGAUUGGGUUUGAUAAAAGAUACCACAUCAUUGGGGCCAACAUGAGGACCUACCUGCUGGAAAAAUCACGAGUUGUGUUCCAGGCAGAAGAUGAGCGUAACUACCACAUCUUCUAUCAGCUUUGUGCCUCUGCAAGUCUUCCAGAAUUCAAGGACCUUGGAUUAACAUGUGCUGAGGACUUCUUCUACGCUUCUCAGGGAGGUGACACGUCCAUCGAUGGCGUGGAUGAUGCUGAUGACUUUGAGAAAACCAGGCACGCCUUCACCCUGCUUGGAGUGAAGGAAUCUCAUCAGUCAACCAUUUUUAGGAUCAUUGCUGCCAUUUUGCACCUAGGGAAUGUGGAAAUCCAAGCGGAACGAGAUGGUGAUGCCUGCAGCGUGCCGAGUGGAAAUAGCAACCCCCUGACUAUGUUCGUCGUCCGGCUACGCUCGGUGGCUCGGAGACGUGCUGAUGAUUGUGCACUGAUCCCUGGAGCAAUCCAGGAGCAGGUGGUGUGGGUUGCUGUCGGCACUGGCAAGAGCGCACCAGGCUCGCCCCGCGCGGUCUGA